GUUUCUUAACCGUGAAAAGGAUUAACUCCGUAACCAAACAGUCGGAAACCUUCCUCUCCAGUAAAACCCUAGAAGAGAGAGACCAUAUAUAAACAAACGUAUUGUCUUCUGUACUGAAGAAGAAGCGACGCCGACACAGGGAGGAGGUGAUCGGAGCUGAUCGAAAAUGUCGAAGCGAGGAAGGGGAGGUUCGGCGGGUAACAAGUUCAGGAUGUCUCUGGGUCUGCCUGUAGCGGCGACAGUGAACUGCGCUGAUAACACUGGAGCCAAGAACCUUUACAUCAUUUCGGUGAAAGGUAUCAAGGGGCGUCUCAACAGGCUUCCUUCGGCUUGCGUUGGGGACAUGGUCAUGGCUACCGUGAAGAAGGGGAAGCCCGAUCUGAGGAAGAAGGUCCUUCCCGCAGUCAUCGUCCGCCAGCGCAAACCAUGGCGCAGAAAGGAUGGCGUCUACAUGUACUUCGAAGGUCUUCUACUUUCACCUAGCUCUUAUUCAAUUUGCUUCUUCGGUUUUCUUUAUAAUGCUGGUGUUAUCGUCAAUCCCAAAGGAGAAAUGAAAGGGUCUGCCAUUACCGGUCCCAUUGGAAAGGAGUGUGCGGAUCUGUGGCCAAGAAUUGCAAGUGCCGCCAAUGCUAUUGUCUGAGAGGAGUUUCUUGUAGCUUUGUUUGGUGACCCGUAGUUCUGAUGUUGCCGUUGUGUUGUUAUUUUCCAUGGGAGGAUUUCAUCUUUUGACGGGACAUAAUUAGAUUUUUCAAAGUAGAAUUAUAUCUUAGUGAAUUUUAGGUUUCUCAAUGUGUUUGAGCUUAUUACACUGAUUUUAAUUGUCUGGCCAUCCGUCGUCUAUACCUCUAGUUUCAUUUUUAUU